AAUGGGUUUAGAUGAAACUUGGGUGUUGUCUUGUGCUUUCUUCUCUAUCCUAGGACUACUAGGAUAUUCAAUGAUAGCUGCCGGAGCAGUCAGAUACAAAUCAGUACAAUCUGCUAUUAUUACAAUUUUAUUGGGCGGAAUCUUAACAAUUAUUGCUUUCUUUAUUGUAAGAUAAUAAAAUAUCUAAUUAGACUGGCUAUGCAUUUGCAUUUGGAUUAGAUUCAAAUAAAUUCAUUGGUAAAUCAUUAUUUGCCGCUGCAUAAUUUGAAUCAACACCAAACAGAAAUGAUUAUGACAAUUUUGUAUUCCACACAAUUGCUGCCAUUUUUGUUACUUCAAUCUUUGCAUUUGGAACUUUGGAGAGAUCAAGAUUCUUUUCAUUCAGUUUUGGAGUAGUAAUUUUAUAAGGACUCUUAUAUCCAAUUGUUGUUCAUUGGACUUUUGGUAAGGGAUGGUUGAGCAUAUUUGGAUUCUAAGAUUUUGGAGGAAGCUCAAUAAUUCAUGUGUUUGGAGGUGUUACUGCAUUGGUGGCAUCAUUAUUAUUACAUGAACGCAGAGAUCAAAAUGGAAAAAUUCAUCCUGGAAUCUUCCCACAUCAUGCACCAUUCUUCAUAGGAAUUGGUACUAUCUUACUAGUUGUUGUCUAAAUCAUUUUCCUCUCUGGUUUGAAUAGAGGAUCAGAAAAUUAUAUUAAGGGGUUAGUUCCUGUUAAUACAUUUUUGGCUGCAUCAUUUGGUGGAUUGAGUAGUUAUGUUUCAUACUAUUUGAAAAAAGAAAAGACAAGUUUGAUAACUAUUGCUAGAGGAGCACUUGCAGGAGUUGUAGCAGUAAGUGCAAGUGCAAAUGAUAUCUAAUUAUGGGCAGCAGCCUUUAUUGGAACAUUAGCUGGAAUCUCAUAUCUUGUGAUAUAACUAAUAGUUAAAAGAUCUCAUGUUGAUGAUCCAGGAUAAGCAGUUGGUGCUCAUCUUGUUCCAGGAGUUCUUGGAACUCUAUUAUAUGGAAUUGUAUCAAGAUCUCAUGGAUUAUUUUAUGGUUAAGGUCUAAAAUAAUUUGGAAUAUAAAUUGUAGGAGUACUCUCAAUUGCUGGCUGGGCUUUACUCAUUCUAGCUGUUUUGGUCCCAUUAAAAGGGUUUGGAAUCUUUAAGAUUAAACCUGAAUAAGAAUCUUUGGGAAUAGACCAAAGCUAUGGUAUUUAAAUAAUAUUUAGUUUUAGCUGGUGGAGAAGCUUAUGUUUUCAGCGAUUAAACAGUAGAAACAAAGUCCUUAUUGAAUUCAUAAAAGAAAUCCAUAUUCCAUUGAU